UCACGCAGAAGGAAGCGCAACCGCAUGCGUUCUUAUCUCACUCAUAAGCUUGUAAUUUUUCCUCCGUUUACUUCACCUUUCCAUUCCUCCUAAUCGUUACGUUUGGCUGCCCGGCUGAAUGUUUGUUUGUAAUUCGCGAUUAAUCGCGUUAUCAAAAUCCUCAAUCGCGAUGCGAUGCCACCCGUAACAGCGCUGGGGCACAGGCGAUCUGUAUCGUUCCCACGUCUCUCAAUCGACGUGGCGUGUCCUAUAAUUCUGGUGGCGAGAUGGAUCCCCCUAUCAUAUACAGAUUCCGUGUACCGGUUCGCGCAACGGUCGCACGAGUGCGGCGAACCCGCUACUCGCGCGAUCGUCGCAGUUGCGUAAAGGACCUCGCUCAUUUCACUCGCGUUGCCGAAGAGCAUUGUACCGCGAAGUCGGGCAUCGUCACACCUUCCCGUCUUGCUCACGCAUAAGGACGUAGACCACGAGGAUGGCGAUGGUCCGACCGCUGUUUUUCCUCAGCAUGGCGUUUUUCGCGCUCGUUGAAGUUCGCGCCGCACCAACGAGAUACGACCAACGGCAGGAAGGCGUUUACAAUAUACGCGCUGAUCUGGAGAACUUCCUCCUCGUCGUGACCCUUCCUAGCAGCAAGGAAUUCAACACCUUUGCGUCGACGGCCCUCGAGGGGCUCCAGCAAGAAUUGCUCCAAUUGGCUCGAUCGAGUUCAUUCAAGGAUCAAGAAUCAAUCAAAUUUGGCGAGCAGAUUCACGAGGAGCCGUAUACCGUGCAAGUUAUACAAAUAAAUGAAAAUCCUGCAAAUAAGGAAAGCUCGGUGCGAAAAACGGAAGAGGGAGACGCAGGAACGUCGAAUAUCUCGGAUCAGCAAUCAACGUCCGUCAACGAGGGACAGACUGAAGAAACGAGAAGUGUCGAGAGAAUCGCGAAGAAUCUGAAGAACUUUGACUUCCCAAAAAGCCGCGAGGUACCGGCUAUUCUGGGAUAUUUCGUGGACGCGAGGAAGUUGCUUGGAUCUAAAAUGGGAAACGCUGGCCAGGCCCGGAACGUGGUCGGGAACGUUUGGAAUCCCGACGUCGAGUCGGGAAGACCGGGAACGUCGUUGAAGAAGCAGUUACCUCGAAGGGGGGAAGAAAAUGUCGCGCUGCCUUCAUCAAACGUUGACAAGAACGACGUGUCUCUGACGUUCCCCGAGGAGAAGCAACAAGAAUUGAGACUGCUGGGCGACGGUGUCGAGAACUGUGGUCCAGGAAGACGUCGCGACGCAUCUGGGCUCUGCCAAUUCGACGAAUCGGCCGGUUCUCUCCUUUAGCUUUAAGCUUCCAUGGCUGUAGUUCUUAAACAAGAUACGCUAGUUAUCGCAAUUAUUUUUUAUGGUGCAAUAUUUUAUUUUUUAUCUAGCAUAAAUGUUAUAUCAGAUCUACUAAUUACAGAUCUGUAGAUAGAAAAGCUCAUUUUCUCUUACUUAUACAAGAGCCAUUUAAGAUAAAAGAAAAAGACGAGGGGUAAUAAAUUAUUUGAUUAAGCAUUAAAUUUAGCAUUAAAACGCGUUAAACGCGAGAUAAUUAUCGUUUUAUGUAAAAUAUACACGUGUGAAGAUUAUAUCGCAUGUAUCUAUUAAGCUAUUCAAUAAAAUACUUAAAAGCAACGUAAA